AUGUCAUCGAAUGCAAUGACUAAAAACUUACCAUCAAACGAUGAGGAAAUGAAGAAAAAUUUAGUUAUUCCUUCUAUUGAUAACUCGAUGCCUUCAGAUCAGAAUGAGGAUCACAAAAUUAAUACUAGAUUUCAUGUUACAAAAUCAUCUCAAAAUUUAGAAGAGCAAGGAAAACAAGCUGAAGAAGCUGACAGAAAUGGAGACAUAGAUAUUGGAGGAAAAUGUCUUCAAUCUCAUUAUUCUUCUAGUGGAACAUUUAAAAGUGACGAAAAUAGUAAUAUAUCAAGAAAAACUUCUCUUGCUGGAAGGUUUACUGUAUUAGGACGUGAACCAUCUAUAGAAUCAUCUUCAAAUAGUAAUAAUGAUGAAGAUAAUUUACCACAAAAUCAAAGAACGGUAAAAUUUAAUGUUGCUCAUAGUCAUGAUAGUAAUGAUGGUACAAUAAAUACAGUAUCAUCAGGUGGAAAUAAUACAAUUAACAUGAAAAGUUUAAGAAAUUUUAAAACUAUUGAAAGACCACCUAUAAUGGAUUAUUAUAGAAAUACAUUAGAUCCAAAUAAACCACAAUCAACAAGACCAUCAAUGGCACAAUUAUUAAGUGGUCAACAAAGUAUUGAUGAAAUGAAUGAUCUAAAGGGUCCAAGAGAUCCUUUAUUACCAGAUGAUAGAAGAGUAAGUAAUGGUUCUAAUAAACAACAACAUAUUGUGAAUAGAAAAAAAUUUGGAUGGAUUGAAGGUGUUUAUUUUCGAUGUUUAUUAAAUAUUUUUGGUGUUAUGUUAUAUCUUAGAGUUAGUUGGGUUGCCGGUCAAGCUGGUAUUAUAUUAGGAUGUUGUGUUGUAUUAUUAGCAUCAGUUGUUACAACAAUAACUGCCUUAUCAACUUGUGCUAUUUGUACAAAUGGUGAUGUUAAAGGUGGUGGAGCAUAUUUUUUAAUAUCAAGAUCACUUGGACCUGAAUUUGGUGGUUCUAUUGGAAUUAUAUUUUCAUUUGCUAAUGCUGUAUCAGCAGCAAUGUAUAUUGUUGGUUUUGCUGAAACUGUUAGAGAUUUAUCUAGAGAUUUUGGUUAUGCUAUCAUAGAUGGUGAAAUGAAUGAUGUUAGAGUUAUAGGUUUAAUUACCUGUAUUGUUCUUAUAUGCAUUGUUUUUAUUGGUACUGGUUUUGAAUCUAAAAUGCAAAUGGGCCUUCUUGUUAUUUUAACAUUAUCAAUUAUUAAUUAUUUUGUUGGAGUUUUUAUACCACCAACUGAAGAUAAAUUUAUGAAAGGAUUAACUGGAUUAAGUUAUACUACAAUGAUGACUAAUUUAAUGCCUUCUUUUCGUCAUGAAAAUUUUUUUUCUGUUUUUUCCAUAUAUUUUCCAGCUGCAACUGGUAUUAUGGCUGGUGCUAAUAUUUCUGGUGAUUUAGCUGAUCCACAAAGAGCCAUACCAUUAGGUACAUUAGCUGCAAUUUUUUCAACAACUAUUAUUUAUCUUUUAACAAUUGUUGCUACUGGAUCAACAUGUUUAAGAGAUGUUGAUGGAACAUCAUUACCAAUUCAAGAAACAAAUGCAACAAAUGCCAUAUCAUAUUAUGUUGAACAAAAAUGUCUUCAAAAUGAGACAUGUGAAUAUGGUUUAAUGAAUAAUUUUCAAAUAAUGGAAAUGACAUCUUUUUGGGGACCAUUAAUAACAGCAGGAAUUUUUGCUGCAACAUUAUCAUCUGCUCUUGCUUCUCUUGUUUCAGCACCAAAAGUUUUUCAAGCAGUUUGUAAAGAUAGAUUAUUUCCAUAUAUAAAUAUUUUUGGUAAAGGAUCUGGAAAAGAUGAUGAACCAAGAAAAGCUUAUUUAUUAGGUUUUAUUAUUUGUAUGGUUAUGAUAUUAAUUGGUGAAUUAAAUGCUAUAGCACCUAUUAUAUCAAAUUUCUUUUUAGCAUCAUAUGCUUUAAUUAAUUAUGCUUGUUUUGAUAAUAGUAUAGCUGAAUCACCUGGAUUUAGACCAAGUUUUAAAUAUUAUAACAAAUGGGUCUCAUUAUUAGGUGCUGUUUUAUGUAUUAUGGUUAUGUUUAUAAUAUCUUGGUCUACUGCAUUAGUAACAUUUGCUUGUUUUAUGGCAUUAUAUUUAUAUUUAUUAUAUAGAAAACCAGAUGUUAAUUGGGGAUCAAGUGGACAAGCACAUACAUAUAGAAAUGCAUUAAAAGGAAUGCAAAAAUUAAAUGAAACAGCAGAACAUGUUAAAAAUUAUAGACCACAAAUAUUAAUAUUAUGUGGUUCACCAACAGCAAGACCUAGUUUAGUUGAUUUUGCUAAUAGUAUAUGUAAAGGUUCAUCAUUAAUGGUUUGUGGAAAUAUUAUACUUCAUAGUCCAAAUAAUUUUAUAUUAAGUAAUUUACAAUUGUUAAAUACAAGACUUUCUGAUUGGUUAAAAAGACGACAUAUUCGAGCAUUUGUUAGUUGUUUUGUUUCAAAAUCAUUUUUAGAUGGUGCUGAAUCAUUAAUUCAAACUAGUGGUCUUGGAAAACUUCGUCCAGAUGUCUUGUUAAUGGGAUUUAAAAGUAAUUGGAAAAAUUGUGAUAUUAAUAAUUUAUCUGAAAUAAAUGAAUAUUUUAAAGUUAUUCAAUGUGCAUUUGAUUCAAAUAUGGGUGUAUGUAUUUUACGUAACUCGGGAGAUGGUUUUGACUUUUCAAAUGAAAUGAGAAAUCUUAAUAUGGGUGAUCAUGAUAGAUUAAAUCUACCAACUGAAGUAUCUAUGAUGAAUAUUGAAAAAGUAGUUGAUGAUGCAAAUGAAACUGAACCUUUACCUGAAACAAAUAUUGAAAUGGCUAUAAAUGAUGAUAAAAAAGAAAAAAAAGUAGAAGAAGAAGAGGAUUCAGAAAAUACACAUUCAUAUUUAGAUAUUAAUGUAUCUGAUGAAGAAGAGGAAGAUGAAGAAGGUGAGGAUGAGGAUGAAAGAAGUCAAUCAACAUCUGAAUCACAACGAACAACUAGUCAGAUGUCACUUACAAAAGAUGAUGUUGAAUGUGGUAGAAAUGUUACUUUCGAUGACUCAGGAAAUAAUACUAUUGGAGAAAAAAAUUCAUAUCAUCAGAUGAGCAUUAAUGAUAAAGUUGGUUUACUAAGAAGAAAAAGAAGAUUUAUACUUGGAACUAAGAAAAGUACCAGAAGACCUACAGCAGCUCAAAGAGAAUUGUUAUCAUCAAUUAAUAGAUUUAAGACAAAAGUUAAACAAGCUACAAUUGAUGUUUGGUGGCUUUUUGAUGAUGGUGGUUUAACACUUUUUUUACCAUACUUAUUAACUAUACCUAAAUCAUAUCUUGAAAAUGCUACAUUACGUGUGUUUACAGUUUCAGCAUCAAGUAGUGGCAUUGCACAAAUGCAACGUGGUAUGGCUGGUUUGUUAAAUAAAUUUAGGAUUAAAGUUUCGGAUGUCCAUGUUAUCUCUGAUAUAACAAAAAAACCUCAAAAAGAAAUAAUUGAUGAAUUUAAUACUCUUAUAGAACCCUUCCGGUGUAGUUUAUCUGAUGAAUCUAAAGAAGGACAAAUAUCUGAUGCUGAGUUAGCUGGUCAACGUGACAAAACCAAUCGUCAAUUGCGUGUUGCAGAACUUUUAAGAGAGAACUCUGCUUCAUCAGAUCUUAUUUGUAUAACAUUACCAGUUCCACGUCGUGGUAUGGUCUCAUCAUGCUUAUACUUGGCUUGGCUUGAAAUGAUGACAAGAGGUUUACCACCAACACUUUUGGUUAGAGGUAACCAAUCUUCCGUUCUUACUUUCUAUUCAUAA